GUCUCGUUUUGGUUUGUUUUUUGUUUUGACAACGUGUUCUACAAACAAUUCUUUUUAACCAAGAAAUCAUCAAUCAUAAUCAUUUCAAUGACUUUAAACGAUUCUGAUUGACUGGUGGCAAAAGGGGUAUGAAUUUAAAGUGGCAUUAAGGCCUUGCAGACAGACUUAACAAUAACAUGCUGAAGUUGCAAUAACAGUUUGACGAAGACCCACAUGUAAUCCCAUAUUGACAGUUGUAGAACUCGUACCAACAGAUUUCACUUUGGGAUAUAAUGGCAAGUUGGGAUAAGAAACUUCUCACAGCUGCAGAGAAUGGGAAUAUAAAAGAGGUAGAAUUAUGUGUAAAGAACGGAGCUAACUUGGAAUGUAGAACUGAUGGUUAUGUAGGAUUGACACCAUUAAUGUGGGCGGCUCGGUAUGGACACGUGGAGGUGAUGCCUUACCUGGUCACUCAUGGCAGUCAGAUAGAGACUCCAGACACCUUGGGAGGACAGACACCAUUAAUGUUGGCGGCUCUGGUAGGACACCUGGAGGUGGUGACUUACCUGGUCACUCACGGCAGUCAGUUAGACGCGACAGACUUGGAUGGACGAACAGCUUUACAUCAUGCUGCUAAGUAUGGAAAUAUUGAUGUAACAAAAUGUUUAAUAGAUCAAGGAUGCAGUCCUUGGGUGAAAUCAAAACAGGAUAAGACUCCUUAUGAUCUGGUAAAAAUAGGAUACUAUGAUGAUGAAGAGGAAAAAAGGAAGAAGGAAGAAGUGAUGGACUUCCUUAAGACUGUCAUGUCAAAGACAUCCCCAGAAGUAACUCCUGACACCCAUUUACAGGAACCUGCAGCACCAGUAGUUGAAGACAGCAAAAUACCAGAACAAAUAAAAAAGAUGGAUCAUGAGUCGAUUGCCAUUUAUCUGAACGCCCUUGAAUCGGGUUCAGAAAGAAGACGGGAUAUAAAUUUAAUAAUUGUUGGAAAAAAAUCUGUUGGAAAGACUUCCUUAGUACGAAGACUGUUCGGGGAGGAGUUACAAAGCGUAAAAAGCACAAAUGGUAUAGAAAUUCAUCGGCGGAGAUGUAGAAUAAAUCUAAGUAACUGGGAAUGGAAUAAAGUGUUAGAUACAAGAUUAGUGAAAGAAACAAGUAUCAACAAUAGAAUGUUGCAGUCAAUUGUCAAAAAGAUGCAUCAAGAUAAAGAAAAACCAAAGCAUGACAUAUUGGAGAUAUCAGAUCAGAUAUCAACAGAUGAUAAUAAGGGCACAAUCACCAAAAAUAUUGAACAUGACGAAGAAUCUCAACCCAAAAUGAAUUAUCAGUUUGCCUAUCCGGAGAUUACAGAAUUGCCGUUUUCUAAACUGGCAAAGGAUGAGCUGUUAAGUAUAAUCGGAUCUGCUGUAGACUUACAAGACGAAGACGGCUAUGCAAAUUUAACAGUGUGGGAUUUUGCUGGUGACAUUGAGUAUUACAACACACAUCAAACGUUUUUGAAUUCAGAAGCAAUUUUUCUUGUCGUAGCAAAUUUACAUGACAUAGAUGACACAUUAUCCUACGGCACAUUCAAUUUCUGGAUGGAUACAAUACAUUGUUAUGGAAGCAUAAACGACAAAACUGAAGCUGUAUUGCUCGAAGGAGCUCGCAACCUUCUAGAUCCACCAGUUAUUGCUAUUGGUACACACAAGGAUAAAUUUCAGGACGAAGAACAAUGCAGAAAACGUCUCGAAUCCUACACUGAUAAAAUAUUUAAAGAUUCCAAGCUUCACCUGAGAUCAGUUCACCUGAUAUCCAACACAGAGGUUGAAGAAGAUGCUUUUGGAAAAUUGAGAAAUAAAAUAUUUGCCACAGCAAAGAGUAGCGCAAAUUGGAAUCGAGAAUACCCUGUUAAAUUUAUUCAGAUGGAAAAAGCCAUCAACUCUGAACUUACGAUCGGAAAACAAAUAAUUUCUUUUGAAAGAGUAAAAGAACUAGGUGAGAAAAUACCACUUCCGAUAACUGAUGACAAUGAGCUUCGUCUCUUUCUCAGGUAUCAACAUGAAAUUGGUAACGUGAUAUUUUUUGAAGACAUUCCGUCAUACAUCAUACUUGAUCCCCAAUGGUUAGCAAAUGCCUUUACAUGCAUUGUUACAGCCCAGCAGUUUCAACUGGAAUUACCACACUUACAAUGGGACAACUUCAAACAAACAGGAAAGAUGGAUCCUAAGCUAUUGGAAGAAAUAUUCAAGAAACAAUCAGCAGACAUGAGGAUUCAUAAAGAACAUAUACUGGAAGUAAUCGGAAAGUUUGACAUUAUCAUCUAUCCAUUGCUACUGACGGAAAGUGGAAAUGUACAAAGGGAGCAUAGUUUUUUUUACGUUCCAUGCAUGCUUCAAACAUUAAAAAAUAAGGAUAUUGAUGUAUUGUUUCACGUCCCAAAUGCUAAAAAAUCUACAUGUUUGUGUUUUGUCUUUAGUUUUUUACCGCCGUAUCUAAUCAGCAAUCUGAUUGUCUCUUGUCUACGAGAAUAUCCUCUUGCAGUGGUGAAGGGCGAGAUAGGUCUCUUCAAGGAUUGUUGUGUAUUCAAUAUUGGCAGAACUGGCUGUGCAAAAUUUGUAUUAGCAAAGUGUAGUCAUAUGAUUCAGCUGCAAGUAUGGCAAUGGAAUGAAGUAGAUACAGAGAUUAACCAAGCUGUUUUAAAAAUUGUCGAAAGAGAAAUCAACAGAAUUGUCAACACACGAUACAAGUUGAAAACGGUAUCUUUCGAGAAAAAAUGGAAGUGUGAGAGCACCAGUUUUUCCUUCGACACAGGAUUCCAUGAAUUUGAUCAAGUACAUGAUGGGGAAAAUUAUUAUUGCGAAGAACAUGCGACAACUCAUAAAUAUAGAGACUAUUGGUCUGGUGAGAAAUCAAAGGUAAUGUUUCUAUUUGUUUUAGAUUAUUUUCAUUUAGUGGGCAUAUAUUUGUGACACGAUGAAAUCCAAUUAUUGGUAAUUUUUAUUUUUAUUCCUUUGAUGUGUACUUGUUGCUAAUGUCAGUAUCAGUGUGGACUGGUUGUGAUAAAAAAAAAGUAUUGGGUCCAUUCCCAAUUGAUAUGCGCGACUGUACCACGUAAGGAUCUACUAUCAGUUUCAUUUACAAAAUCGCGCAUGAUUUUGUUUUCUUCAUAGAAAUGCACGUGUUGUUAUGUAAAUUAAACGCUUGUCAUUGUGUAUCUUUUACUUUUCUUGUAUCAGUAAAGAUAGUUAAUUUUUUGAGAUCGACUUUGUCUAAUUAGUUAUCAAAAGUACCAGGAUUAUAAUUAAGUACGCCAGACGCGCGUUUCGUCUACUUGAGACUCAUCAGUGACGCUCAUGUCAAAAUAUUUAUAAAGUCAAACAAGUACAAAGUUAAAGAGCAUUCAGGAUCUAAAUUUCCAAAGAGUUGUGCCAAAUAUGACUAAGGUAAUCCAUGCCUGGGAUAAGAAAAUCCGUAGUCUUUUAAAUUGUGUCAGUCAAAUAAAGGCAACAGUAGCAUACC